GUUGAAAGUACUAAAGUAACAAAAUUCUGUUUACAGCCUGAGCUUCCGAUUUCUCCACCUCAAAAAUUUUGUUUUGAUUUUUUUUCGAUAUCAUGUAAUCACACUAAGAUCUAAAUGCUAGAGAGCCUAUGCUUCUAAUGAUUAAAAGUUAAUGACCAAUCAUGAAGAUGAUGUAAAUGAGAAUAUCAAAGAUUUGAAAGAUGAAUGAAGCAAAGCCAAUUGUUACUUGUCAUGGAAACAAAGCGCUGUUUUCGUCUUUGAACCAGCUCGUCUCGCAGGGGUUACCUAAAGAAUCCUGUGAAUGGAGGAGGUCAUAUGGUCGGCCACCAAGGGCAGUCAACCUUGACGCUAGUUUUGUGCCUUAUGAUGCUGACAUUUUGCCAGAUGAAGAGGAGAAAACUCUAGUCAGCCGACCCUAUUUUCACAUUUAUUGGACAGACUGCGAUCUAGACACUUACAAACAAAGUGUACGCGAUGAUAUCAACGAAUGGCUAGGUGCACUCCGAACCCGAAACAUUCCUGAUUGGCUGAUUGUGGUUGUCACCAAUGAGGAGAGCAAAGUCAAGGCUAAACUUUUAGCAAGAACAUCGGUCAUCGAUAAAGUCAAAAGCGAUUUUUGCAGCAAAUACCCAGAGAGGUGUAUUACGCUUAUUGAGCCCAACAAGCUUGAUUCUAAAUCAUCGGAAUCCUGGUCACAACUUUUUCAAAGGCUACGCAGCUUACUACUUCAGGCUUUUAACAGACACUUGAAUAAGUAUGAGGAAAAUAUGCGAAGUCGUCGAGAGAAACGUAACGAACCAGGGUGGAACUAUUUUUCUUAUUUCAUUUGCCAGGAAGAGCUGGCCUUCAUGCUGGAGAUGCUGGGACUUAAAGAAGACGCCUUGAUACAGUACGAUGAGCUGGAUGCAACAUUUGAUCAGUUCAUAGAGAACUUCGCCAACGGAGAUACUGUGAAAUGGCUGACACACCUGAUGAAGCCUUGUACCUGUUGGGCUGGAGUCUCUCUGUCGAAAGCCCUUGACCUAGAGCUGAGGGAAGAGGUGAAGCAGAACAACGCCAGUCUUCUGGAGUUCCGUAACUAUCUGUUCUCUAGGCAGGCAGCUCUGUUGUUCCAGAUGGGUCGAACCUGGGAGGUGGCAAUGAGAGCCAUGGAUUACCUGUACAACACUGUUGUUGAGAUGAAGGCUCUAGAGGUGGAAGCUCCUACUGGUGCUGUGGGUUGCUGGGGAUUUCUGAGCUGCCUGGAGGUUCUCCGUGCUUGUAAUGACAACAACACAACGCAGCUGGAUGAGAAGUUUGCCCUGUACACUGCCAACCUCUGGGACUUUGCUCACAAAAAGCUUCGUGAACUAGGUCAGAUGUGUAGCUUGAUGCCUGGUAUGAGUCCUUCGUCACAACAGUUGAGCCUGGUGGUGGACCUGGUGGCUGGAAUGGGCUUGUCCAUGCAAAACCUUUCUCAUUCUGGUCAGACCCCUGUUGACAAGCUUCGAGAAUCUUUGUCUUCAACAGAGUCAUUUAAAAAACACUAUUUGGAAUUGUGUGAGCAAGCCAUGGGAACAUACAAAUAUAUUGGAAGAUUUCGUUCAGCCAGAAUGAUAGGACUGGAGUUGGCAGAUUUUUACAUGAAAAUCAAAGAUCCUACGAGGGCUGAAAAUUUUUUGCUAGAUUCUAUCAAAAUGUAUCAACAGGAGAGUUGGCACCAUUUGGCUGAUGGAACAAUGCUACAGUUGGCAGAGUGUCAAAAACUGUUGGAAGAGCCCGACAGGUAUUUAAAAACAUCUUGUCACAUUGCCUGUAGUCCUAACUUGUCUUUAAAUGACAGACAUAGAUAUUUCCAGGAACUAAUGCUUACACUUCAGAAAAUUACAGGCCACAGGACAGAGAUGAGAGCAUCCCAGGCUAUAUAUUUGGAGGAGCUUCAGUUCUCCAGUUUGUCAGUCAACUUGAAUGAUGACUUAGCACUUGUGGUUGUACUCACCAGCAAUUUCCCUGAACCCAUCACCUUUGAUAAAAUACAAGUGAACAUUAAAAAGUGCAGUAUCUCUGAGGCUCUAGAGUUUGUGGACAAACAACAACAGCAGCAUCACCACCCCCAACAGAAACAAGUAUCUCACCGGCGUCAACCUAGUGGCACCCACAUCCUCGUGGAUAAAAUGUUAAACUUUCAGCCUGUGACCAAAACACUGCCAAGUAAAUUGGACUUCCACACUGUUGUGGAAAGGUCUAAAGGCCGUCUGGUUUCCUGCUCAAUAGGAUGUGACAGUGCUCACCAACUUCUAAAGAGACUGGACAGUGCAGGGUCCAAUCAUAGCACAGCAGAAGUGCACAAGGAAGAUUACGCCAUUAGUUUCUCCUUAGCGUCAGUGACCUUGAGCCCUGGUGCAAACACCUUGUCUUUCACUACUCAGAUCCAUGAGAAAGGUAUUUUCCACCUCAGUCAGAUGUGUUUCUCUGUUCAGUCCCUUGACCUUCUAAAACCAAUCUCAGCCGAAGGAACAUCUUUCAAAGUGAACAGUCUCUCCCCAGAGUUUAGUCUCAAGCCAAAACAUUCAGAUAUCUUCAUUGCGGGCAUAAAGCAAGAAGGUAUUUUGACGUGCACCUCCGGCAGCUAUAGCUUGAAGGUCCCAUCACCUUUGACCUUCAGCGCCACUCCUCAUUUUACCAUAACAGGCGAUGGAGGAUCGACAGAUGUUAUCCUAGGAGCCAUGGAGGCUGGUUUCAGCCAAGACAUUCCAGUUCAGGUGUACAUGAGUCUCAAGAACAACUUAGCGCACCAUCUGCAGAGCAAAGUCAACGUGGGAGUGACAGAGUGGGACAGGAGUUACAGUAAACAGACAGACUUUGUACACCCCUUCAACCCCACCCACAGAAUGUUCACCAAUAGAAAGGACAAAUAUUUCCAGCUGGUGAUCCACAGCAGUACAUCUGUAGACUUGUGUCUGUCUAAUCCUGUACUUGAAGCUCCGGGCUGUCCAGAUGUUCAUUUAAUCUUAAUCAACAGAGCAGAGCAGAUUCUGCCAGUGAAUGAGAAUCAGAGUCUUACUCUGUUGUGGCAUGUCGUCAUCAACACUCCAGAGAUUUCGGUGCUGGACCUGACAUUUUCCUGUGACUACUCUUGUGACCUGGAUGUUGACCACCUCACUAGGAGAUAUGAGUGCAUGUGUCAUAUCAGUGACUUUCAGACUCAGUUUGUGUUGACUUACAACAUCAGCAGUAUUGAAGAAGACAAGUGCUGCACUACAGGCGAGACUGCCAUCAUGGACAUCAAGAUCAAACAAGUGAAGGAGAUGAUCUUGAACGAAGGAGUCAAGUUGGCCUACUCUGUCCAUGCCAACGGCACAGUUUGGGCUCUAGGAGGCAAGUCAUCUGGGGUGUUCACCUUAAAAGACGGCAAGUACAACACAGUGCUUGACGUGGUCCCCAUGCAGCCAGGCUUUCUGCACUUCCCGCUGGUCACCCUUCAUAGAUACGUGGACCAACAAGAUGAUCAUGUGACUGUGGAUCAUGUGACCAUUGUUGACAGUGACACCAACAUUCCACUUGCCUCAUCUGAAAAACCCAAAAGAACUGUUUCCCAGUUGUCCACAUCCUCUUUUAUGUCCCACCUGGCAGAUUUCGGUCCUGGCCAAGUAUACAACGAAAGCAGAAGCAAACAGAUUCACGUCUACCCCUGCCACACCACCAGCGACAUCGACAUCUCCAUCAUACAGUGAUCAGCCUUUCAGACAUCCAGAGUGGAGUUCAUAGGUCACGUAGUGUUUGCUGUCGGUGUACGCAGUUUACAAACUUUGACCUUAGUGGCGACUUGCUUUUUAUGUUUCUUUUUACUGAAACUUGUCAAGAACAGAAUAUGAAAUAUUUAGCUAACAACUUACGGUUUCUGGAAUCAGAUCUUCUAGACUUGCAUUUCCCCACAAACAUUAUAUGCCUUCCUUUCCACUUAUAAGUUGGCAUCUAAUGAUCUUCUACAAUAGCCCCCCCCUUUUUUUUUUACCAAGUUUGGGUGGAAUCUUUUCAGGUUAUUUCUCCCACUUCCCAUUCUCGGAUCAAGUUGAAACUUUGCACUUUGCAAAUAUUUUUAAUCAUGUAAGAAAGACUUUGAUUCUUCUGUCCAACAACAGAAUCCCCUUUGAAACUAAUUAGUUUUUCUUCUUCCUGUGUGUGAGGGGGGACAGUCACUCGUGUGUUAAUUUAUUGACUCGCUCCAUUCUCUGUAAGUGUUAAUAAUUGUUUGAUUGUGAUUGACGUGAUUUCUGACGUGAUUGACAAAUGAUUGUUAACGUCAUCUCACAUUCCUCCGUUGGAUAACUUGACAGUAUUUAUAUAGGUACUGAAGUCAGUGGUAAGAAUAUGUCUUCCAACAGUUUAUUGCUUCAAUAUAUUCCUCCAUGUUUCAACCCUGUGAUCGUAUGAUCUUGAAGCAACAAAAGUACCAUGUUUGACUUGAAAAAGAAUGCACGAUUUCAUUAUUGGAAACUUAUUUUAUGUUGUUGUUUUUUUUUUUUUCAUUAUUGUGAUAUAUACAUAUGAUAUAGUGCAAAAUAUUGAACACUUUGAUUGUACAUAAUUAUCAUGAAUUCAAGUUAGCCUUAGCUUCAGCUUAUUAGUUAGAAGAAACAGGGUGGUCAAAUGGUCAAGAGUUCAUAUGCAGUGAAGUGCUAAUUGGAGUCACAGCUGAUUAAAGUGAAACCAAUAAGUCAUUGUGUUGGCCAACAACACCUUCAUUUACCAUCUACCUUGGUCACUUCUUGGUCUUGUUUGUUUUACCCGUUUCUAAGGUUUCUUCAGCUUUGAAGAUUAUUACAUCCAAGCCAAAACCUCCUGCAGGAUGACAGUGGACUUGGAUUAUUGACCAUUAUAUUGGCAGUGCAAAGUGGCUAUUUAAAUUCUGAGGAAUUUUGUACACCACAAAACAGGCUAUGAGGGACUUUCUUUAUCAAUAAAUUGACUUUGAGACAAUGAUUCAGAAAUGACUACGUCUAAUCCAAAAUCUGCUGCACUACUCUGGUAUGACAGAUGAUGACAAUAUGGGUGGAGGUUUGCACUACUCUGGUAUGACAGAUGAUGACAAUGGGUGGAGGUUUGCACUACUCUGGUAUGACAGAUGAUGACAAUGGGUGGAGGUUUGAACUACUCUAUUAUGACAGAUGAUGACAAUGGGUGGAGGUUUGCACUACUCUGGUAUGACAGAUGAUGACAAUGGGUGGAGGUUUGCACUACUCUGGUAUGACAGAUGAUGACAAUGGGUGGAGGUUUGCACUGCUCUGGUAUGACAGAUGAUGACAAUGGGUGGAGGUUUGAACUACUCUAUUAUGACAGAUGAUGACAAUGGGUGGAGGUUUGCACUACUCUAUUAUGACAGAUGAUGACAAUGGGUGGAGGUUUGCACUACUCUGGUAUGACAGAUGAUGACAAUGGGUGGAGGUUUGCACUACUCUGGUAUGACAGAUGAUGACAAUGGGUGGAGGUUUGCACUACUCUGGUAUGACAGAUGAUGACAAUGGGUGGAGGUUUGAACUACUCUAUUAUGACAGAUGAUGACAAUGGGUGGAGGUUUGAACUACUCUAUUAUGACAGAUGAUGACAAUGGGUGGAGGUUUGCACUACUCUGGUAUGACAGAUGAUGACAAUGGGUGGAGGUUUGCACUACUCUGGUAUGACAGAUGAUGACAAUGGGUGGAGGUUUGAACUCGGAACCAUGGUGACAAUAGUCUAACAAGGGAAUUAAAUUACUAUCAUAGUUAUGAUUGCUAUGUAAGCAACCCAACUCUAAUGAGUACCCGACAUUAGCUGUAGAAAAGUAAAGGUGGUUGGUCAAUGUGCUGGCCAUGUGACACCCUCGUUAACUGUGAUCCACAGAAACAGAUAACCUUUACAGCGUAUGCCCUAUAGAUCGCAAGGUCUGAAAGGGGAACUUUACUAUUUUUUUUUAACACCCAAUUUAGACAUUAAAUUAGAUAUUGAUUGGGGCUGUAGUCUUUUUUUCAAUCAAGGGCAUACUAGUAACUAGAAUAUACCAAUCUUGAGAUUUGUUAAAAGUGCUAGAUAGCUACGUAUGGCAUCAAUGUGUAAAUGUUUGAUAUUUAUUUCUUUUAAAACUGAGUCAUUUUAGUCUUUUUUUUUUUUAGGUGAAACUUUGGUGAAUGAAAUUAAUGAACAAUUUUUUUGUUUGCUAAUGACAGAAUUCUUUUUUUAGAAUUUAGUUUUACUUGCAGAUGUCUUUUCUUAUAUUUAACAAACAACUAAAAAAUUGUGUCCACUUUGUCAAUGAAACAAAAAUAAAUAAUUCCUGUUGUGUACUCAAACAAAGCAGCUGUGUGUGCGUGGGGGAGAAAAUUUUUUUCACUUUUGGUCAUGUGGAAAUUAAAACAAAAUUUAAAAAUCUC